AUGAAGACCGCCAUCCUCGCGCUCUGCGCCUCCAGCGCCAGCGCGUUCGUCAACAUCCCGAAGCUCCAGAGCCUCAAGACCGUCGUCCGCGCCGAGGACGACGAGGCCGAGGCCGCGCCCUCGCCGGCGCCCGCGCCCGCACGGCCACCCGCGUCCGCGCCCGUGGCCUCGUCCGGCGGCUUCGGCCUCGCCCAGCUGCAGGCCCUGGCCGCGGAGCAGAACCCGAUCGUCGGCUACUUCGACCCGCUGGGCCUCAGCGAGGACAUGUUCUUCGAGGAGACCAACGAGGCGACCAUCGGCUUCCUGCGCCAGGCGGAGCUCAAGCACGGCCGCGUCGCCAUGGCGGGCUUCGUGGGCUUCCUCGUGCACGCGCAGGGCAUCACGUGGCCGUUCCCGAUGGCGCUCUCGGGCGACAAGUGGCCGACGCUCGGCGAGGGCGGCGUGCCGGCGCUCUGGGACCAGCUCCCCCAGGGCGCCAAGUGGCAGAUCAUCCUCGCCAUCGGCUGCGCCGAGUGGUACGACGAGUGGCAGUACGACCCCAAGCACUACAUGCGCGGCGGCGAGCCGGGCCGCUACCCCAAGUUCGAGGGCUACCCGCUCAACCUCUUCGACCCCUUCGGCUUCUUCAAGAAGAACUCCGAGGAGAAGAAGGCCAAGGGCCGCAACGCGGAGGUCAACAACGGCCGCCUCGCGAUGAUCGGCCUCUUCGGCCUCCUCGCCGAGUCCAAGGUCCCCGGCUCCGUGCCCUUCCUGACCCAGUUCAACUUCCCCCAGUACUCCGGAAACGUCAUGGUCCCCUUCGAGGGCCAGUUCUCCCUCUUCUAG